AUGAUCCUCUUACUUUUCGCUGUCCUCUUCUGCGCUCCCUUUGUUCGCGCUUCACUCCCGGGUCUCAACGAUACCCAUAUCCUUACACUCGAUGCCAGCAACUACCCAUCCUCCAACACCAGGACCUUAUGGGACAUUAUCUCGAGUUGUGGGUUAACUUUGUUUGCGUGCACAUGGACUGCCAUCCAUCCGGACAUUCCGGGUAAGGAUGAGUGGGUAGCUGGUACUGCCCUUCGUCGACUAGUCCUCAUGCUUGUGGCGUUUCUGGCCCCUGAAUUCGUGGUCGCUUGGGCCGUAUUGCAGUUUUUCCAUGCUCGCCAAGUUGCGAAAGACUUCAAUGAUGGCGUGAAACGAGCCAAGGCCCGCAACUGCUGUCAAGCUAUGUUACGUGGUGGCAGCACAAGUUUAGACGAUGGAUGGACAUUGACGCACGGGUUCUUCGCCUGUAUGGGUGGAUUCAUGCUCUACGUCAAUGAUGAGCUGCGGGGCAGUCUUACGCCAGACGAACUCCUGCAGUUUGUUCGUAAUGGAUCCGUGGAGCGGCCUGCCAUCACGGAGGCAGAGAUACAAGAUCGAAGCAAGAGCGACACGAUAUCCAAAUGGCUCGCCAUUCUUCAGCUGCUGUGGUUCAUCAUCCAGCUCUUCGCCCGUUACAUUCAGAAGCUCCCGGUAACACUGCUUGAAAUCGACACCCUGAGUGUAGUUGUUAUGACCUGCAUUUCCUAUGGCUUUUGGCUGAAUAAGCCGAAGAACGUACGACUUCCUUAUAAGGUUCAUUGGAAGCACCCAACUCCACCUGACAGCUUGGACAGCGAUGCAGGACGUGACACAUUAUCAGUUCUUAAGGCACUAUUCAGCUACACGCCCCAAAGGGUCGUGACUCCAGAAGAAAUCAUGCUUAGUAUUGGAUUCGCCGGUGGGAUAGUGUUUGGAGCGAUACAUUGCCUGGGCUGGAAUGUCUUGUUUCCGAAAAACCCAGAGCAGAAAUUGUGGCGUGGGGUUUCCAUUUGGAUACCAGCCCUUCUUUUAGUAAUGCUUUGUGUUUGGUGUGGAAGAAUUAUACGCAAAUUGGUCAAUGA